CCAGAAGUGGGCGAGAGCUACAAUACAACAGAAAAUGAUCAGACAUGCAGGGUCUGACUCCACAUCUGCUGGACCUGAAGUCCAGAAGAAGCUCAAAUUAAAUCUGAUAAAGAAGUUUCAGUGUGUAAAUGAAGUGAUCACAAAGCAGGGAAACCCAACACUUCUGAAUGAGAUCUACACCGAGCUCUAUAUCACAGAGGGAGAAAGUGGAAAAGUCAAUAAUGAACAUGAGGUGAGGCAGAUCGAGGCAGCAUCCAGGAGAGCAGCAACAGAGCACAUGCCCAUCAAAUGUAACAACAUCUUUGAACCUUUAUCAGACCAAGAUGAACCUAUCAGGACUGUCCUGACUAAGGGUGUCGCUGGCAUUGGAAAAACCGUCUCUGUACAGAAGUUCAUUCUGGAUUGGGCUGAAGGGAAAGAGAAUCAGGACGUCCACCUCAUAUUUCCACUUCCUUUCAGAGAGCUAAAUUUAAUGAAGGACCACAAACUGAGUCUGAUGGAUCUCCUUCAUUUCUAUUUUCAGGAAAUAAAAGAAACUGACAUUUCCAGCUUGUACAAAGUUCUGUUUAUUUUUGAUGGGUUGGAUGAGUGUCGUUUACCUCUAGAUCUCCAGAACUCAGUGAGAUUGAGUGAUGUAAAUGAAUCAGCAUCAGUUCAUGAGCUGCUGAUGAACCUCAUCAAAGGGAAUCUGCUUCCUUCUGCUCUGAUCUGGAUCACCUCCCGUCCAGCAGCAGCUGAUCAGAUCCCCUCUGAGUGUAUCGAUCGAGUGACGGAGGUACGAGGAUUCACUGAUCCACAGAAGGAGGAGUACUUCAGGAAGAGGAUCAGUGAUCAGAGUCUUGUCAGUAGAAUCAUCUCACACCUGAAGUCAUUAAGAAGCCUCUACAUCAUGUGUCACAUUCCGGUCUUCUGCUGGAUUACAGCCACAGUUCUAGAGAGGAUGUUUGGUGAAGCAGAGAGUGGAAAGAUCCCCAAAACUCUGACUCAAAUGUACACUCACUUCCUCAUCAUUCAGACCAACGUCAUCAGAAAAAAGUACAUGAAGAAUCAGGAGGAAGGAGAAAUGAUCCUCAAACUGGGAAAACUGGCUUUUGAGCAUCUGAUCAAAGGAAACCUGAUCUUCUAUGAAGAAGAUCUGAUGGAGUGUGGCAUUGAUGUUCAGGAAGCCUCAGUGUACUCAGGUGUGUGUACACAGAUCUUCAGAGAGGAGUUUGGACUUCACCAGAGUAAAGUGUACUGCUUUGUUCAUCUCAGCAUUCAGGAACAUCUCGCAGCUCUAUAUAAGCACCUGACCUUCAUGAAUGAAGAGACAAAUGUUCUUCAACAGAGUCUGUCCUCAAAACUGAGAAUGCUGAAGAGAAAACAAAUCUCAGAUCUACACAAGAGUGCUGUAGAUCAGGCAUUACAGAGUAAGAAUGGACAUCUAGAUUUUUUUCUUCGCUUUCUUCUGGGUCUCUCACUGAAGUCCAAUCAGAAUAUCUUACAAAGCUUAGUGACACAAACAGGAAGUGACUUUCACAACAAACAAAAAACAGUUCAGUACAUUAAGGAAAAGAUCAGUGAGAAUCCCUCAACAGAGACAUCCAUUAAUCUGUUCCACUGUCUGAAUGAACUGGAUGAUCAUUCACUAGUUCAAGAGAUCCAACAAUACAUGAAAUCUGGAGAACUAAAACAAACUAAACUCUCUGAUUCUCAGUGGUCAGCUCUGGUCUUCAUGUUACUGACAUCAGCAGAUGACCUGGAUGUGUUUUACCUAAUACGUUAUACCAACCAGUACAGCUCACCAGAUGAAGUUUUUCUGAAACUGAUGCCGGUGGUUGCAGCAUCCAGAGCAGCUCGGCUUGGUUUGUGUGAACUAAAAGAUAAAAGUUAUGAAGCUCUGGCCUCAGUGCUCAGCUCAGAAUCCUCCAGUCUGAGAGAACUUCAUCUGUCUGAUAAUAAACUAGGAGAUUCAGGAGUGAAGCGUCUCUCUGCUGUACUGGAGAAUCCUCACUGUAAACUGGAGAUACUGAGGUUGUAUAAUUGUGGUGUAUCAGAUGAAGGUUGUUCUGCUCUGGCUUCAGCUCUGAGAUCAAACCCCUCACACCUGAGAGAACUUCAUCUGUCUGAUAAUAAACUAGGAGACUCAGGAGUGAAGUGUCUCUCUGCUGGACUGGAGAAUCCUCACUGUAAACUGGAGAUACUGGGGUUAAAUUAUUGUGGUGUAUCAGAUGAAGGUUGUUCUGUUCUGGCUUCGGCUCUGAGAUCAAACCCCUCACACCUGAGAGAACUUCAUCUGUCUGGAAAUAAUCUAACAAAAUCUGAUAUGACACUCCUCUCUGAUCUAAGGCGUGAUGACCGAUUCAGACUGGAGGUUCUGAGGUUUUGGUGAUAAACUCGAAGAUUAAAAGCAGAGAUUAUUUCUGACCAUAGAGUUGAUUUACAGAUGUGAUUAAAACCUUUUCUACAGUUUCCCAGUCAUGUCAUGAUGUCUGAAUCCUGCACAGUUUCAUUUUCUCAUUCACAUCCUGUACAGAUGUUUUAAUCACAAGAAGAAAGUGUUUAUGAU